AUGGCGACAACAGCAUACGACCGACCGUUUGUCUCUUGUGAAGACUCUUUGCCCAGAGUGGCUGGUGCCUUCAACUUUGUAUGCACAGUUUCUUCCAUUGCCAUCAUGGUAGUGCCACUUCAGCUAUGUGGUCGAUUCAUGAAGCAAUCAUACUUGGAAGCAAAAGUGUACUUUGUGUUUCUGUUUCUCACGUUUGUGUGGAACUUGAUGGAGCAUGCCACUGGAGUUCUGGGUCCUCCCUGCAUUGAGUCGAUUGGAUGCUGCUCCAAUCUGUGGCUAACAGCUCUGCUGCUCCGAAUUCAGGGAUGGGAAACGAUCGUGAACGAGGUCCGCAUGGUGGCUACGCUCUUAUCCAUUCUAUCAAUCAUGAUUGGGUUUUGGAGCAUACACGCAGAGAUCAAGGCGUACUAUAGCAUUGCCACACCUCUCGUCAUUUACAUUUUAUCAACCAUGGGCAGACUCAGCUAUGACAAUCCAGUUGCUUGGAGGUAUUACACCUGGUCACUGAUUCCGGCACUGACAAUGGCAGUUUCAUUACCAUUGGAGCCUUCUUGGUGCAAUCUGUGGGACACAGACAACAGGGCUCGUGCUUUCUAUCAUGGAAUCUACAUUCACACCUUGGCCACCGUCUUUCUGCGAAAUGUCGCAUCUUGUGUGUUGGAGCUAGUCGACAAGGCCGAAAAACAGCGAGAAUGUAUCAAAAAGCAGCUCUGA